GUGCUUUCGCCGAAGGGGAUGGAUGUCAGGCCAAUGAUGGAAGUGGUUAAAGGUUCAGCUUUUGACAUAUUGCAGGCAGCUGGGGGCUGUCCUGCAUCUCUAAGGCCUGGGCGCUGGUUAGAUUUGUUCAGUGGUACUGGAUCAGUUGGUAUUGAAGCUAUCAGUAGAGGAUGUGUUCAGGCUCAUUUUGUGAGAUGGAUCCCUGGGUUAUUUCAAAUGUUCUACAACCAAAUUUGGAGUGGACUGGAUUCCUAGACUGUCAGUUGACAUGCUGUUUCCGUUGAAAACUUUCUAAAGCAGGCACAGCAUUUUGUAG